AAAUAAAAUAGUAAAAAGAGGGAGUAGAGAAGAAGAAGGAGAAGAUCCCUCCCUCUUUGUUCCCGGUCUAGAGAGAGAAACUCAUCUCUUACCUUCGAUUGGAUCCUUUACCCUAAAUUCAAUCGGAAAUCUUUGGAAACUUAUUUUAAACCCUAGUUUUUAACUCUUCUCCAUCCCAAUUUUAUUUCUGGAUUCUAAUUUUUGAUCGCCUGAGUGGAGUGAUUUGCAUAACACAAAAACAAAAAAAAACCCUAAUUUUGGAAAUUUUGAUGGCAGCUACGGCUAACACCAAUCCUUCUCCUCCUCUUUCCCCCGCCUCCGCCGUCGUUGCCGCCGCUGCGACUCCUCAUUCUCUCUCAUCGCCUCGUACCGGGCCGUCUCCAUGGAAUCAGAUCGUUCGAGGUCUGGAAUCCGACCCAACCGGACCUCCGACACCGCCAUCGGCUGCAGGAGAGAUGAUUUGUUCUCCGGUUCCGGAUAUUCCGGCUGAAAACUCCGAGAACGGGGGCAAUGCGGGUGGUAAAAAGCCCGUGUGGAAUAAGAAGCCUUCUAAUGGACCCGUCGAGAAAGGCAAGCCUGGCCCAGUUGUGAUGGGCCCUGCCGAAGCUUGGCCUGCUCUCUCUGAGUCUACCAAAGCUUCUACUAAGCUUUCUGCUUCGGAUUCUUCUAAGAAUCUUCCUGAUGUCGGAUCGGUUUCUUCCCCUCAGGUAUCCGGAACUGAACCGUCAUCAUUGUCCAUAAUAGCACCAAUACAAUCAUUACCGCAACCUUCUCUAGUUUCUCCGAAACUUGCAACUAGUAAUUUGAGCCAUAGCCCUAUGCCAAACCAUGGACGACCAGUACGCCAAAAAUCGAUAAAGCGCGACGGCGGAGGUAACCAACAGGCUAAUGGUGCUUUUACUCAUCAGCUUUCCCCUGCUGCAGAAGAUUUACCUAAUCAUAGUCAUAGUUCUACAAAAUCCACUUCUGACAAUCACCAUGGUCAUCGAGAGCAGGGGUCACGGAAUACUAGUGGGGACCAUCCUCAGACACGUAACUCAUAUAGGAGAGGGAGUGGGUCACAUCAGAAUUAUGGAGGUAGACGCGGUGAUCAGGAUCGUGGGAAUAAUGAUUGGAACCAUCAGAGAAGUUUUAACGGAAGAGAUUCUACUAUGCAACAAAGAGUUUCUCCUAGAGGAUAUGCUAGACCUGUAGCCCCUCCUGUUUCUGCUCCCUUUGUUCAUCCUGCAUCUAUGCGACCUUUUAUGGGCCCUAUGGGGUUGGCUGAUAUGUAUUAUAUUCCUGGUCACAUACCUUUUGUUGCUCCUGUUCCUGGACCUUUGUUCAUGCCUCCUGUUGUGGACGCUCAGUUGCAUACUAAAAUAGUGAAUCAGAUAGAUUAUUACUUCAGCAAUGAAAAUUUAAUCAAAGAUACAUAUCUCCGGCAGAAUAUGGAUGAACAUGGUUGGGUUCCUGUUGCACUAAUAGCAAACUUCAAAAAAGUCAAGGAAUUGACAGAGAACAUUCAGCAAAUAUUGGAUGCUGUUAGGUCUUCUACAGUUGUUGAAGUUCAGGGUGAUAAAAUCAGGAAACGCGAUGAUUGGGUAAAAUGGAUAAUGCCACCUUCUGUUCAGUUUUCACCUGCAUCAGACUCGCUACCUCCCAUGUCUCCAACUAUUGCUACAUUGCCAGCACAUUUCCAAAAUGUUAAAGUUAAUGAGAAGACCAUUGAUCAAAAUCAUCCCAAGGGUCAGAUAGAUGUUAAUGCUGCCACAAUCUUAAGCUCAUCCUCUGGGGUUUCGCAUAACCCGUUACAGACUGUCAUGGAUGGGGAAAGUUCAAAUGGGCGUUGAUCACCUGGAUCCGCUUCAUUGUGUCAACCAACACCAUUAUUGAACGUAGGAAGAGGGAAUGACCUUUGGUGAGUCUAAUCUGUUUGUUCAAAAUUUUAUUAGAGUAUCAAACACUCCGGAAAAUAGUUUUUUAAAAAAGGAAAAAAGUUUGAGAGAUACAACUGAAAAGAUAGACUGCCGAAAAAGAAUCCUAAUCAAAUUUUGGUUUUUUUUUUUUUUUUUUUUUUUUUCUUUUUCUUUCUUGAAAAAUCUUGACCUUGUGGCAGGAGUUUCUUAGUCUUUUUGUUUUGUUUUCGGGUCUGAUAAGGGUGGAAUCAGUUUUGCCUUCUUGUUCUCUGUUGAUUCUGGUGCCUAGUAAUCUUUUUGGGGGAAUUUUGCUUUCAUGUCCCUGCUCUGCCCCUCAGCCUAUUUUUAUCAUAAAUCUUUGGGGCCAUUUGAGAAGUGAAUUGCUGAAAUGUUAUUCCGUUGGUAUAAGUCCUGUAAAUUGCUGAGGAUGACAGAGGUGGUGAGUUGUCUGAAGCUGCUGGUUGCGCAUCACUCCUGGGCUUUUUAUUUUUAUUUUUAAUUUUAAUUUUUUUUCGUGUGUUUGGAACUCUUUUGGCUCCUAUCUAUACUGUGUCAUAUUUAGUUUUAUACUGUGCAGUUCAACACUGCAAAGGAUGCACUCUCUCAUUCUGAGAAAAGUGUUCUAGGUUAGAAUAUGGUAUGUUCAGAAUUUUAUUUGAAAGUAGAUAGUAGUAAACUUAUAAUUUUGGAUGUUAAACUUGAUUGUUAAUUUUUUAUUAUUGAUAAGUAGAUUAGUAGUAAA